CUUUUUCAUUGGUAUUGUUGUGUGGGUGUAGAAGAGGGAUGGGUUGUAGGGUGAGGCUGUGGAUUCAUUUUGUGGAUUCAUUCAUUCAGUCACUAACCUUUCAUUAGUAGUCCAAAGCAAUGUAUGUUUUAAGGAAGCUUUAAUUGACACUUGAUUUGCCCUUUGAAAGAAUAUCCUCACAGUGGACGCUGCUACCCUUGCAUGUUAAAAAUUGUUGGAUAAAAGGCAUUGCACUUUCAGUGUACAAUUUUUUUCAUGUAUACCCUGUGGAAGAAGGUGGACAUAAUUCCAGUGGCUAGUACCGAAAUGUGCAGAGGUCUUUAUUCGCUGUUAUGAAGCUCUUUGUUGUUAACCGAAGAGUAUGUUUUGGGGGAUCUGGAGAAUCUUCUGAGAUUUGCUUCUGGAGGAGCUGCAUGUCAUCAAGUGGUAACUUGAAGCCCCUUUACUUUAAAGCUUUCCAUCUGAACUUCUUCGUUGUAAUCAGAGCCACUCCAGAGCAGAAGACUCUUCCCACCUUUGGUGGAUGCCAGAAGGCCAGAGAAUUCAAUUUAGCGGCAGACACACUGGUUUCUCAGCCUGUGGCUUUGUACCUAGGUUCCACCCACCCCAAACAACAUUAACCCUGUAUUGUCCAUGAAAUGACAGGGUGGAAACACUAAUGGAAAUAGAAGUGGAGAUCAUAAAAUGGAAAGUGGUGAGAGAAUGGCAAAUGUUGCGUGUGUGUCUGAGAUGAGUCACUCAAUAGUGGGAGUGAUUCUGAGGGGAGAGUCAUGCUGUGCGUCUCUUAAGUGGAUUUAAGUAGCUGCAGAUGAAGGGACAGACAUUCAAGCAUUCACACCAACUGGAGGUGCUCCAUGCUGAGGGAUCCUGUCCAAAGGAGGGCUUGGGCUUCUAAUGCAAAUAGGUAGCAGCUGAAGUGGUGGCCCCACCCUUGCUGCAGGUUGGAAUUGCCUGGAGAACUUUGCAAACUACUGAUGCUUUGGUUUCAGAGUCUGACAGCUCUGUGUAUGGAUCGAACAUGAGAAAGUUUUAAAGGUCCUCGGUGAUUACAGUGAGCAGCCAAAGUUAAUAACUGUACUAAGAAUAUCUCCAAGAUGUGGCAAUCCUUGAAGUGGGUACCUUGCCCCAACAUGUCGUAAGAGGGUGUUUAAGAUAGAAGUGCUAAUGAAUGGAAGAAAACACUUUGUUGAAAAAAGGUACAGCGAAUUUCAUGCCUUGCAUAAAAAGCUUAAGAAAUGUAUAAAAACUCCAGAAAUUCCUUCUAAACAUGUGAGGAACUGGGUACCAAAAGUCUUGGAGCAACGAAGACAAGGUUUGGAAACAUAUUUACAGGCUGUCAUCUUAGAAAAUGAAGAACUCCCCAAACUGUUUCUUGACUUCCUAAACGUGAGACAUUUGCCCUCCCUCCCAAAGGCAGAGAGCUGUGGAUCUUUUGAUGAGACCGAAUCUGAAGAGUCAAGCAAACUGUCCCACCAGCCGGUGCUGCUGUUCCUCAGGGACCCAUACGUCUUGCCUGCAGCCAGCGAUUUUCCAAAUGUGGUCAUUGAAGGCGUUCUCCAUGGGAUAUUUUACCCUCACCUACAGCCCAGGUAGAAACCCUCGAGGACUAGAAGAAGCUGAAGUGAGUUUCCAAGUCAUAGUCAAGGAAAUCAAUAUCUACCAAAUUAACCUAAACUCUUUGACAUAACAACUCUAGCUAGCAGUCAAAUCCACAGACCCUGCUUGUUCGGGGCAGGGAUGCUUCCAUUAGAAUGGUGCUUUUAAAAAUAGAAACCGGACCGGGGGCAGUGGUAAGGUUAGGCCAAGUGUUUGAGAAAUAGGAUGUAGCUGCCAAUUUAGAAAUGCAAGAGAAGGAAGCAAGAGAAGAUCCCUGGAAGGAUCAUUGCAACAAAACUGCUACUCUUUGCUUCUCUUGCACCAUCUGCUAAUUGAAAAUCUUAUCCUGAAUAGUACUGAGACUGAUCAACUUGGUAGGACUUUUUUGUUUGGAUCUUAUGACACACUAAUCUUUUCAUCAUGAGAUUUUCUCAACCAGUGACAGAUACGUUCUGACAUGCUGGCACCGGGAGAGUAUCACAUGAACACUGUGCUAAAUGUGAGGAAGGAACUAAACUGGAAAUUAAGUUAUACUGACAACUUUAGGGCAUUUUUUUUAUAUCAUGGCAUUUUAAUAUACAUUACAGUGGAGUUGUACCAUACCUGGGGUGAACUUGUAAUGGCAGUUCAGAUGAUAAAACUGGAUGUUAAGUUUACCUUUGGAAACCUCUAGAAAGACACCAUAUUGGAAAUCUGUCCAUCUGCAACAAGUGUUCCUUCAUCGUUGGAAGAAAUGACUGUUUCUUUGCUUGAAGUUGUCGAUAAUUGCUUAGGGGCCAUUAUGUAUUUAAAAAUACAUUUAAAUACAUUUAAACACUAGAAUCACACUUAGCCCUAUAAGAAGUUGCGUUCGAAGAGGCAGAUGUCAAUGGACAGUGACCAAUGGACCACCAGGUGGACAACACUUUCUUCAUUUAUUAAUGAGCAUUUAAUCAGUGAGGAGAUGAUAUCAUCAUGGGAUCUGCUGUUAUUGCCUUUAUUGUUUGCCUCACCUCAUAUAUUGAAUUAAUGUAAGUUAAAUGUGUUUAUGAUGUAACUCCACCAUACAUCAUACAGUCAAAUUUUGCAUCGUAAAAAUAAAAACAUACAUGUGAGAGUUGUAUGUAUGUGCAUUUUGGGCAUUUCACUCAAAACUAAUUAAUAGCUAGCCUUCUUAUGGUUAUUAGUUUUAAUACCUCCUGUAAGGAACAAUUAUUUAGAAUCAAAACUAAUAACUAAAUCAUGGCUUUGAUUAGGAUCUAAGUAUAGAGGCCUCAGGCCUGUUGCAAACUUUUAGAGAUCCAUUAAUGGAUACUUCUGUUACAAACAAGCAAGAACUAAAUGCUCGAGUCAUCAACCAAAAAUAACCGAAUAGUCAAAGUGUUGGAAAUCUUUUUUAAAUGUUUUUGUUGUUAGGUAUUUUGCGCUAAAUAAAAACAAAGACCAAGAAAUAUUUAAAUUUGUGUUCUGCUUCUAGAAUUUUAUUAGAAACAAUUUGUGUAAUGACAUGUCUUAUGACAAGACAUAAUUUUAUGUCCUAGCACUUUACACACACACACACAGCCUCUCGCAUAUUCACAUAAACGUUUUAAUCUGGCAAGUUAAGUGUUAAAUUACAUAAUCUAUUAAGCCAAUAGAUACUCACUGAAGAGUUAAUGAUUUACCAAGACACUUAAGAAUUUUUUAAAAGUAAAACCCAGGCAUCAUCGGUAGCAUAGUACUCAAGAAAUCUGUUUUUGGCAAUUAAGUAUUUUGUUUAGUGAUGACUCUCAUUUAUCUAAAUUUUUGAUAGGUAAUUUUACCUAUAAGGGUUUUUGCAAGAAAUAAAAAUCACUGUAGGUAUUUUAAGCAGACAUGUAAUAUGGGAAACUGAGUGCUUACUGAAUCUUUGAGAGGCUGAGCGGAGUGGACCCCUGAUUGGGAUCCAGGUCACUCCAGCAACCCCACUACCUGCCCCACUCCCUUACACAGAAAGUCAGGGAGUUCACUGCAACACUAUUCACAAUAGCUAAGCUAUGGGAACUACCUACAUGCCCAAUGAUACAUGAGAAGAUUAAGAAGAUGUGGUAUAGAUACAUGGUAGAAUGUAACUCAGCUAUUAAAAAAAAAAAGAUGAAACCUUGCCAUUUGCAACAGCAUGGAUGGAACUGGAGGGCAUGAUGCCAAGUGAAGUAAAUCCAAAGAAGAAACACCGGAUGAUUUCACUCAUAUGUGAAACAAAGCACAGUAACAGACAGGAACAACACAAAGCAAAUCCCAGAAGUCUCAUUGCAGAAUUGGGGCUACUAGGGGGAAGAGAGACGCGAGCCAAGGGGAGAGGGGCACAGUGGACGAUGAUGGAAGCCUGGGAUGCUUUGGUGGUGGGAGUGGCGUGUGCUAACAUACAUUUGUAGAAGUGUGAACCUGUACCCCUAAAACAUGCCGUCUUGUAAACCAAUGUUACUUCAAUAAACAUAAUUUAAAAAAAAUCAGGGUGUCAAGGGGC